CCCAGCUCGAGUACGAAUAACGUUUUCCGUUAAGUCUGGGAAUAUUCCGUUAUCUAAGGACGAUGAAAUCCUCUUCGGACAAACGGUCGAAGCCGGAGAGAGGCGAGUCCUCUGCUGGAAGUUCUAGCGGCCGUUAUAAGGGCGUUAGGAUGCGGAAAUGGGGGAAAUGGGUGGCGGAAGUACGGCUGCCGAAUAGCAGAGAGAGGAUCUGGCUCGGGUCUUAUGAUGCGCCGGAGAAAGCGGCAAGGGCGUAUGACGCCGCCGUAUUUUGCUUACGUGGCCCGUCGGCGACAUUCAACUUCCCGGACUCGCUUCCGGACAUCCCGUCCGCGGAGAGCUUGACGUCGGAGGAGAUCGGGAAGGCUGCUAGGAGGUUCGCGCUCGAGGGUUCGGCGGUUGCUCCUUCGGGUCCGGCGCCAUUACCGGACCCGAAGGUGUCGUCAGAGUCUCCGGCGGAGAAUCCUUCGUGCUGGCCGGUGAUGGAUGGGAACUCGGAUCUUGGCCUCUUCGAUUCUCCGUUCGAUGAAUUUCCGACGGGAUGGGUUUUUACUGCGAGAGAGGGGGAGGAAGACGACGAUGACGAUGAUGACCCGCAGAAUGCAGGCGGCGCAUUUUAUCCGUCGCCGGGACUUUGGAGCUUUUGAUGCGCACUGCACCAUGUUUGUUGUACUGCAGGAGGACCUUUUGCAUUGAGGAGAUAUGAAAUGAUCCGUUGCUCUGAGAUCACUAUAAUACGGUACUCCCAUUGACUAAAGGACACUUGGACGGAUCCCAUCCAUUCAUCCGUACUGUAUAUUAGGUCCACUACAAAUUUUCUGUACUCCAUGAUGAAAAUUACAUUGAUCGUCUGAUUCCAUCCAUCAAUUUAAUAUUUCAAAAUUGGACGGUAAAGAUUUCUUAUGGAAAAGUAGUUAAGUCAAAUAAGAACUUAAAGAUG